CUUCAGUGAGAAUCUACAAUGAAAAUAGUCAUAAAAAUAAAGAAAAACCAGGUGGAUAUUACGACGCUGGACUACAACCACUACCUGCCGCUCUUCUUUGAUGGUUUGCGUGAGACCGUUCACCCGUAUGAGUUCUUUGCUCGCCAGGGAGUCCACGACAUGCUGGACCACGGGGGUCCGAAGAUCCAGCCCAUCCUCCCCCAGCUUAUCACACCUAUCAGGAAGGCCCUGAACACAAGGAACCGUCAGGUGAUCUGCACCACCCUGAAAGUCCUGCAGCACCUGGUGAUGUCCACAGACAUGAUGGGAGAGGCUCUGGUGCCCUACUAUAGACAGAUCCUGCCUAUUCUCAACACCUUCAAGAACAUGAACAUCAACUCUGGGGACGGCAUCGACUACAGCCAGCAGAAGAGAGAAAACAUAGGAGACCUCAUCCAGGAGACGCUGGAGGUGUUUGAGCGCUACGGAGGAGAGAACGCCUUCAUAAACAUCAAAUACAUCGUACCCACCUAUCACUCCUGCAUGAUCGCAUAGACGGGCCGGAAAAAAGCCACAAAAACAGACUCAAAGCCCCCAUCACACACCUUCUCUUAUCUGUGUCCUCAUCCUAAUCUUCACUCCAAUGCGUCCUCUCUGUUCACCUUCUGCCUUUUCAUCAACUUCCAUUGAAUACAUGAAAACAAGUCAUAACGUGUCGCUCAUUUUGUCCUCGUUUCUUACUGAAAUCUUUAGUUUUUUGAUACAGAACCUCUGAGGACCACCUAUCCAGAGAUGUCUCAAUUGAAGCGUCCAGUUGUAAGUGUGUCUGCUCAAACCUAGUAUUAGAAAGAUCAGAUCUGAAGCUCCUGCUCAGUUUGAAAAAACAAAUAUCAUCUAUGGUCUAAAACAUAGCAUUUGUUUUUACAUUUACUUGAACAGACUUUGUAAAGAUUAUUUUUUAAAAUUUAAUUCACAGUGCUACAUGAAACUUUAAAGGUGGAGGUACAUUCUUCAUGAAAUGACACUGAAUCAAUCACCUUAAAUGUCAAAAGGAUGACUUCAGCCAUUCUAUUUGUUUUUAUUGGCUCUCUGUCCAUGACAAACCCUUCAGGAAGGAUUCUAAUUUCAUGCUCUUAACACUGUAGAUGUUCAAGCAAAGUACUGAAGGUGGAGCAUCAUUUAGGUGUUAUCUACAUCGUUAAACUAUAUAAAAUUAACACUGAUGGUGUGUUAAGGCGAAGACACACCAACCCGAUUUUCAACAGUCGGACAUCGUCGGCCAGUCUGGGGAGGUCGUGGCAUGAGUCUGUUUGGUGUGUUCCAUGCGAUCGGCUGUCGAUAAUGCUGUCGCCAGUCUUUUCAGCCGAUUCAACAUGUGUAAUCGGCCACUACCCAUUGUUCAGUCGGAUCAAUCUGAUUGGUGAACGAGCAGUUUCCAUGUGAAUACAACUAUACCAAGGUACUUCACACUGUUAUUGUCUUCUAUAAUAGACCAUUCACUGCUUGUAUUGUAUCUGAAUCAGUGCCAGUCAGUGUUUUCUAUGGACUUCAUUCAUUCCAUGAAGUGAACACUGUUAGCAUUGUUAGCAUAGUGUGAUUUCUCUUUAGUUUUCGGCUGUGACAUCUUUCUUCUUCCACAAGAAGAAGCCUCAGAGCUGACACCAGGAGUAUCUUCUUAUUACUUAGCCAUCCAUUCAACAAGUACAACAACAACAACCCUUCAUGACUAUUCACCACUCUCUGCUGACAACAAUGACUGACGACAGCAAGCUCUGUGUUUUGGUCUAAAGAGAUGUUCCGUCAUUUCCAGUUUUACGUCUCGCACAAGUGCAGAACAUACACUCAAGUCAGUAGUCGAUUUUUUUGACCGUGUCAUGGAGGCAGGAGCUGACUGAUCAGUCGGGCUUCCUUUUCUGGUGACGAUCAGUAGUCGGGUUGGUGUGUCUUCACCCUUAGACAGAGCUUGAGUAUUGAUACAUCCAAGAACACAAACCUGUGCAGACGACCAGAAGAAUGUAGAUAAAUGUGAACCAAACCACCUUCGAAUGCAUCCUGAGUGUGUUCAGAACUGUUCACAUUAAUGCAACGACUGAUUAAACCUGUGUUUAAUUGUGUUAGUGAAGCACAUACUUUACUCCAGUAGAAGAACAGAUACUAGCGUAAACAAAAAGAAUCAAAACUUAGUGUAGCGGUAGUGAUUCUUUAUUUCCAGUAAAAGUGAAAAUGUACUAAGUGUACAAGUAAAGAGUAGGCUUUUUUAGAACUUCUCUAUUUUCUGUGCAAAGUUAAAUGAACCUCACAUGGUUUUAAUGUAAUGUGAAGACUAUUAAACCACUCUGACGUGUAAUCAAAUAUUAAAAAAGAUACUGAAUAUA